GUUAACUAGUCACAUAACCUUAACAAUGGCUAGCAGUACUGCUAAAACAGCUGAAUCUGAUUUUACUGUUGACAUCGAAGCUGGCCAUGUUGUGGCUCAACGCGUCGAUGAUGAAGAUCAUUACAAGAUCAUUGCGGCAAAGUUCUUCUCAAGGUCUCGUAUAGAUCUUAGUGAUGCCAUUUGUUCUGGUGAUAAAAUUUUCAAUGACCCGGAUGACCCUGCCAUUCAAUACAAAAUUGUGUUCUAUUCUACACUUGCUUCUUGUAAAAUAAAAUUUCGUUCGUUAUCGAAUGGUGCUAUGAUCUUAUCAAGACCCAAGGAAGUUAACCAACGGGGAAAUCGUGAGCUAAAGGGUCUUAAUAGCUCGAGAAAUGACCGUGCAAAUAGGUCAUUACAGCUUACAUGUGAUAGCAGUGAAAUUACAAGUGGAUUCAACUCAUUAAGAAGAGCAAUUGAACUUUCUAGUAACAAGUUAGAAGUCAUGCUGAGUGAAAUUCUUAAACGGAUUGAUAAUUCAGAGGAAAGAUCUUGUGAUGGCCAUGCUAAGAUUCAAGAUACUAACUUAUCAAUAACUGAUAUGGCAAUGCAAGCCAUGCAAAAUUGUAGAACUAAUCCUAAGUGGAGACAAAGAAUUAAAACUAUGUCUGUCGAGGAUCUGACGAGUGAACAAAUAAAAUCAGUGAAGAAAAUCAUGCUCUCUGGCAAUAAAUUUCCAUCAAAAAUGGCCAUUAGCUUAGCUAAAGUAAUAUAUGGGGAUUUAUUGAAAACUCAUUUGCUGGGAGAAAAUGGUAAAUCUAAGCGUGUUGCCAGAGAUGGUGAGCGUUCACUAGUAAUACCUGAAUCAAUGGAAGAUAUUUUAAGAGAUUUGUUGAAAAAUUUCGAUACAGAUUUAUUUACUGAACAACCUGGCUGGGAUUUACUAGUCAGAGGACCAAUAAAUCAAUCUGGUCGAGAAGUGACAAGAGUCAGAAAUAAAAAGAGAAGAAACGAAUCAGAAACUGAUGAUAAUGAAGAAGCUAAAAGAAUGAAAGCUGGACCUUCUCAACCAGAAAAAUUAAUACAUGAUGAUGAGAUAAAUUCUGAUCAAAGUACUCAGCAUGGCCAUAGUGAUCAAAAUGAUGUUGAAGACUGUGAUCCGCCGGCAAAUUGCUAACACUUUGCAAUUAUAACAAAGUCCCCAAGCGUGGAAGCUUUUCAACAUGUGUUAGAGUUAAAGCGAAUUAAAUAGUGUUUUAAAGUAUUAUAUCUUAUUAUACAAUUAUUUUUUUUGAUAAAAUGAGUUUACCUGGUGAUGCUGAAAUAUUUGGGUUCAAUUCUAUCCAAGGUAAGUUACUGACUCAAUAAUUUCAUCAAAAAGUACUAAUAUUUUUUCUUUUGUUAGGGGAAGCUGUUCAAGAUGAGAACCAGUUGGAAAGCCGGUUGGCAUUAAUAGAUCAGAGACAAACAAAUAUGGAAUUCAUGAUUCGUAGUUUUUCCGGACGAUUGGAUGAGAUCGAAAAAGUACUUGGUAUCGGUUCCAAACAAAAUCAAAUAUAUACAAGUGAUAAAUUUCCAGAAGAGUGGAGCUUACGAACUGACCAAGACUAUGUUAAUUUUGCUAAGACAAAAAUUUCUCAUUUGAGAAAUAACUUUGAGUGGCGAGCUUGCUUCUCAGCAUAUAAGAUGGACGGACUCAAUGACGAGAAAAAAGCAAAAAUUGACUUCAUAUUAACUAAAGGACCCAUCAACAUUUCUAAGAUUGUUAAUACCAUUGCCGUUGAAAUAUUAGGUGUUGAAUGCAUAAAGAACUAUUUGGUUGGAGUGAAUGGCUGCUCUGUAAAGAAGCAUGGCCAUGAUAAAAGACCUAUUUUGCCAAUGGAGGAAGAGAGUAAACUGAGAACCUUUUUUUCACUCAUCGACAAGAUUUUCAUCUCACCAAAUGGCUGGGAAGUUUUGGUUCGUAAACCAAUCAACCAAAUGGGAAGAGAGUAUUUCAGCGGAAAACGAAAAUCAAAUGAGCCAAUCAAACAAGCUAUGUUCAUGCAUUCCUUUUUAAAUAAGCAGCCAUCAAUAGCUACCCAACACAAGAAAGCUAUCGAAAGAAACAAGGAUGAAACAUGUUCAAAUUCCGACUCUACUAUCGGAGACCUUUCGAUGGCCAUGGUUAACCAAUCAAGGUCUGUUGGAGAGGAUAACCAAUCUGCCCAAUCAAUUCCUAGUCCUAAGUCUAGUCCUCUUUCAUCAACUUCUCGCCCAUCUAAUACAUUGAAUAGACUAUCUGGGGUGUUAGAUGGAGAUUUCAUGGAAAGAAUUUACAACAGAAAUUAUACAUAAAAAGUCAAAUUUGCUCAUAAAUGCCAUGCAAUGGCCAUAAAUUCAGUUUAAUUACAUUUAUAUAUUAUCAUCCUAUGUUCAUCAAAGAUCUGAUUACACUCAUAGUAUCAAUAUUCAAUUAUUUCGUUAAAAAACGUUCACUAUUUUGUUAAAAACUUACUGUUAUUCUAGCAAUUCCUUGGUCAGAAAUUUAUGAUUAUUUUGUUUAUUCCGAAUAAAGAAUUUAAAAUGGAACAUUAUGAUUCUUACAUGUCUAGCUCUAUUUCCAUUGAAAUUAUACACGCGAAUACAGUAAAAGCUUUUUUAUAUUUUUUCC